GCUCUGUAGAGAAGACUAUCCCAAACCGUUUCGAAUUAGAAAUUCAAAGUGAAAUCGGAUCGAGAGCCCCGACCGGCGCCGGCGCCUAGAAAACUACCUAAACAAACAGGGCGACACCGCAAUAACCAGACGCGAUAAGCCGACUGAGCAAAUACUCCCGAACCGCGAAUAACGAGCCCCAUAAAUGAAUCUCUUGGGGCCGGCUAGCAAGUCAGUUGUACUCCAGCUGGCGAACCAAGUGAGGCUAGUGCUGCGCCCCCUGACCACGAUGGCCACCUACGAGCAGGUUAAGGAUGUGCCCAACCAUCCGGAAGUCUACCUCAUCGACGUCCGGCGCAAGGAUGAGCUUCAGCAGACGGGCUGCAUUCCGGCCAGCCUCAAUAUACCCUUGGAUGAGCUGGACAAUGCCCUCAGUUGUGAUGGGGCUGCUUUCAAGAACAAAUACGGAAGGUCAAAGCCGGGAAAAGAGUCCAGGAUCAUAUUCACCUGCCGCUCGGGAAAUCGAGUCGUCGAGGCUGAGAAAAUUGCCAAGAAUCAGGGAUACUGCAAUGUGGUGCUCUACAAAGGCUCGUGGAAUGAGUGGGCCCAGAAGGAGGGCCUUAACACUUAGGGAUCUAAAAAUUUGGAUUUUAAAUUACUCAGUUUAUAAAAACAUGUGGGAAAAGGAAUUUCUAAUAAAUAAUAACAUUUAAAACAAUUAAAA